CAUGGAAGGAGCUACAUUUAUAUCUAACAGUAACAAUCAGAAAGCUCCUAGAUGGUAAAAAUGUCAAGUGGGAUAGGAGCAUCCCGGGGAUUGAGAGGUACAGCAGGUGGGAGUGAGGGUCGGAGGAUCCUUGAUGACGCCACUCGGCAUCGGCGACAAAAGAAGGCCCUUGAUGCCUUGGAAAUGGAUAACUUUCAAGAUGAUCCUCAUGCCAAUCUUGUGAUGCAUAAGAAAGCACCCAAAUUUGAUGAGAAUCUGGAGACAAAAACUCCCAAGAGGAGGAGGACUCGUACCUCUGAAUACCUAAAGCAAAGGUUCAAGAAGAACUUUGCCAUGUUGCUGGAGGAAGAGCGAACUGUUGGGGAUGAGGCAGGGAACAGUUACAGCAAGGCUCGUGCUCCACCAUCUUGCUUCUCACCCAGGAAAUUCUGUGCUGUGUGUGGGGAUGUGAGCCCUUACACAUGCAUUUCAUGUGGUGCCCGAUACUGCAGUGUCAAGUGCCAAGGGACCCAUGCAGACACACGCUGCCUGAAAUGGACUGCUUAAUUGUCAUUUCUCUCCUCACUCUUUCAAAUGUUCAAGCACCAGCACUGGUUUUAUAAAAAGUGGUCUAGACUGUCCCUUCACCUAGUAUCACAUUUCUUUGCCACUCAUAAUGAAAUUCCAUUGUUGUGGGGGCCUUGCUUUUUUCAGGUGACAAGAGAUCCUUGUUGAUUAGUAAAGGAAUUGGAAUGGCUUGACUCAAAAUUUGAUGGAAACUUAGAGUCAUCAGAUUCAAGGAUGAGUCUAGCUUUUUCCUCCCUUUCUGCACGCCUGUAUUUAAUUUAUGCUAAACUAUAAUAUAGUUUGCUGCUUUGCUGACUGAAAGACUGUGGAGAAUGAGUAAAUCAUGGAGGAGCAAUAACAUAAAUGUGUCAGCACUCACAAGGGUUGUACUUAAGAUCAUGUCUUUGAAUCUUCUCAAAAAGAAAUGAAAUAAAUUCUGUGAUAGUGUGAUUUUGUGGGUUGGUUGAAUUUUUUUCGAU